GAUGCCCGUCGUUGCUUUAGCACGCAAAACCCCCAAAUUUGAGUUGUUUGUCCAAUGCAUACCUAACCAGAUGUGAAGGGGAUCUGGUACACAACCCCUAGUGCGCAUGAGACAAAAGGAGUGCGGGAGUUAACGGCUGUCCCUAUCCGCACCCGAAGUGCGAAUAAGGGUGGAUUUUUAUCCGCACCCGAGGUGCGAAUUAGGACGCAUUUUUAUCCGCACCUGAGGCGCGGAUAAGGGUGAUUUCUUAUCCGCACCCAAAGUGCGAAUACGCACGAAGUAUUAUUAUUCUCAUUGUUAUUAUUAUCAGCAGUAGUAUUAUUAAUUAUUCUUCGAGUAAUUUUAAGUCAACUCAGAGUGCGAUUGCAGCGCCACAAAAUGUGGAGCGGCUUUAUUUGCUUUGCUUUGUGUCACCGUGCCGCCGACCGUGCUCAGGUGCGUGCUUCGUUUAAUCGCCGGUUGGCAGCCUGUCUACGGUUUAAACACUCUCUAAUUUAUUGUUAUUUUCGGCAUGUCGAGUCUAUUAAAGCAGUUGAGCACGUAGUCAAGGCGUCAAGGUCUGUCGAGGCAGUACCUACUGCAGUACUUUACAGCCACGCUGGCUGCGCCGGCCCUAUCCGAGUCGGGGUCUUCGGACUUUCCUGAAGACGAUGUUUCUGACGUGGUACAAGUUGGAACUGCCUUCGAUGACUUCAAAUCCUUCGAGAAGGCCUUCAAGGAUUACCAACAGGCAACGCAUCAGCUCUUCGUGGUGCACAGGUCCAAUUCUGUUGAAGUGGCGAACAGGGGCUUGGAUCCCCCCAAGACGUUGAAAGCGGAACUCGUUUACGCCAACGUUACGUACAAGUGCAAGCAUGCAGGGAUGCCACGGCAUGAAGGAAAGGGUCUUCGGCCAAAUCAACGAACAACAAAAGUUGACUGUACAGCGUUUGUCAAGUGCAGCGCUAAGAAAGACAUUCAGAAGCUCGUAAUAGUUGAUGUGUGCCUUAAGCACUCGAAUCACGAGGUGAGUGAGGCCGUAUUUCGGCACUACCCACAAAAUCGCCGCCUGACUGCUGAGGAAGCACUUCUCGCCGCAGAACCUGUGAAUGAGCUUCAAUCAAACCCCUCACUUCUGCGAAGUUUCCUCCAAAACAAAACUGGAAAACCACUGACAGCAAAAGACAUCGAGAAUGUUGUUGCACGUCUCAAAGGAAGCAAGAAGCCAGAUGUUGACCAACUUGCCGAAGAGAUCAAAGAAAUCUUUCGAAAAGAUCCCACAGCAGCGGUAACUCUCGGAACAAGUGAAUCCAACGAGAUGGAGCUUCUUUUUAUUCAAACUACCAUGAUGGCCCAGUUUUAUGAAAAGUUUCCCGAAGUGUUGCUCCUCGACGGCACCUACAGGACCAACAACCUGAAAAUGGCCCUCUUUGUUUUUAUGGUGGUCGACGGAAAUGGGUGUAGCCAGGUUGUGGCUUACUGCUUCGUAAGCAGCGAGGAUCUUGCCCACAUGGACACUAUGAUGAGGACCUUUGUGGGCCUGCAGGGAAUGCAGAAGACAAAGUGUGUCAUCGUGGACAAAGAUUUCAAAGAAAUAAGAGCCAUCCGUGACAACUUUUCGCCAGACACUGUCAUUCAGCUGUGUGAAUUUCAUGUGAAGAAGGCGUUGAAGAGGGCUGUUGGCAGCAGCAAGACGGACAAUGACAAGAAGAUGCUCAACAGUCUUUUGGAGCGGAUGAUCCAUGCCCCAAAUGAAGAGGCCUACCAAGAUCUUAAAGCAGAAUUGGACCGCACGGCCAGCAAAAGCUUCACAGAGUAUUUCAACAAGAACUGGGAUGGCAUCCAGGACAUGUGGGUUCGCUAUCGUUGCGACAGACACUUCAACCUCGGCAACAACACCACGAACCGAGUUGAGUGUCACAAUUCAAAACUGAAGGCAGUCUUGAAAGCAAAUGACAAACUCCAUGCAACUUUGAAGUCUAUGCUUAAGCUCCAUAGCAUCAAGAUAAUUGAAGCAGAGCACAGGCAUGCCCUCGAUGCCACCACGACGUUCUUCACGUACAAGAGCAGCUCUGAUCUAAUUCAGCAAUGCUCCUCACUGUUGACGCCGUUCGCUACACAGGCAGUAGUAUGUGAGGAGGAACGAGCUAACAAGAUGGCUGGAGCAUCCAUUGCAAAUGAUGGCGAGGACUACUCUGUCACAACUGAGAGAGGCGUGUAUGAGGUACUCUACACUUUGGCGAGCUGCACGUGCAGAACUUUUACCACAAUGGGAGUAAUAUGCCGCCAUAUAAUUCUCGUAUCGUGGCAAACAGGACGUGCGAUUGACGUUGCUACGGCAACAAACUCCAGGUGGAAGAAAGCGUCGCAGCCGUACCUUCCUGCAGAAAUCAGCAAUCGGGGAGCACCACAGCUUCAGUGCAUGCAGCUGAAAGAGCCAGACUACAGUACCGCUUCAAGAGGAGCGAAGUACAACCAUGCUCUUUGUCUGCUGAAAGACAUUGGGGACCUGGUGGCAGAGUGCGGUUCGGAAGAGUUCAAGUGCAGAAUUAAUCUAAUCAAGAAACUAAAGGCCUUGUGGAUGGAAAAUAAGACUGUAGAAAUUUGGUGCAGCAGUGGCACCGAAAGUGAUGAAGAUGCCUUCCCAGAGGACUGCAGUGACACAAUUGCAAGAAUCUCGGAAGAAUCAACCCCUAGCAGCCGUGUCCGCAUAUCAUUGUCAUGCUUGCCAGACUAUCAGUCCCCUGGUGCAGAGCCGCAGUCUCAUGCAGAGCCUGUAACCCACACACCAGAAAUAGUUUCUCGGCAAAGCCCUCAGUUCCCUGGCACAGCACCACGGCCACCUGCAAUGCCCGCAGCCCAGCCUCUGACACCAGUGUCUUCCCAAGGCUACCAGUUUCCUGGCACAACACUGCGACCAUCUCCAGUGCCUGCAGCUAAGUCUCCGGCAGCAGUGUCUUCCCAAGGCUCCCAGGUACUGAGUCUUCUUCCCAUGCAUUUGAAUGUUUUCUACCUGUGCUCUUUCAUCCAGUUUCCUGGCACAGCACUCCGGCCAUCUCCAGUGUCUGGAGCUAAGUCUUCAGCAGCAGUGUCUUCCCAAGGCUCCCAGUUUCCUGGCACAGCACUCCGGCCAUCUCCAGUGUCUGGAGCUAAGUCUCCAGCAGCAGUGUCUUCCCAAGGCUCCCAGUUUCCUGGUACAGCACUGAAGCCACCUCCAGUGUCUGGAGCUAAGUCUUCAGCAGCAGUGUCUUCCCAAGGCUCCCAGUUUCCUGGCACAGCACUCCGGCCAUCUCCAGUGUCUGGAGCUAAGUCUCCAGCAGCAGUGUCUUCCCAAGGCUCCCAGUUUCCUGGCACAGCACUGCGGCCAUCUCCAGUGUCUGGAGCUAAGUCUCCAGCAGCAGUGUCUUCCCAAAGCUCCCAGUUUCCUGGCACAGCACUCCGGCCAUCUCCAGUGUCUGGAGCUAAGUCUUCAGCAGCAGUGUCUUCCCAAGGCUCCCAGUUUCCUGGCACAGCACUGCAGCCAUCUCCAGUGCAUGUAGCUAAGUCCUCGGCAGCAGUGUCUUCCCAAGUCUCCCAGUUUCCUGGUACAGCACUGAAGCCACCUCCAGUGCCUGCAGCUAAGUCUUUGGCAGCAGUGUCUUCCCGAGACUCCCAGUUUCCUGGCACAGCACUGCGGCCGUCUCCAGUGUCUGGAGCUAAGUCUCCAGCAGCAGUGUCUUCCCAAAGCUCCCAGUUUCCUGGCACAGCACUGCGGCCAUCUCCAGUGCAUGUAGCUAAGUCUCCGGCAGCAGUGUUUUCCCGAGACUCCCAGCUUCCUGGUACAGCACUGAAGCCACCUCCAGUGCCUGCAGCUAAGUCUCCGGCAGCAGUGUCUUCCCGAGAUUCCCAGUUUCCUGGUACAGCACUGAAGCCACCUCCAGUGCCUGCAGCUAAGUCUUUGGCAGCAGUGUCUUCCCAAAGCUCCCAGUUUCCUGGCACAGCACUCCGGCCAUCUCCAGUGUCUGGAGCUAAGUCUUCAGCAGCAGUGUCUUCCCAAGGCUCCCAGUUUCCUGGCACAGCACUGCAGCCAUCUCCAGUGCAUGUAGCUAAGUCCUCGGCAGCAGUGUCUUCCCAAGUCUCCCAGUUUCCUGGUACAGCACUGAAGCCGCCACCUCCAGUGCCUGCAGCUAAGUCUUUGGCAGCAGUGUCUUCCCAAGGCUCCCAGUUUCCUGGCACAGCACUGCGGCCAUCUCCAGUGCAUGUAGCUAAGUCUCCGGCAGCAGUGUUUUCCCGAGACUCCCAGCUUCCUGGUACAGCACUGAAGCCACCUCCAGUGCCUGCAGCUAAGUCUCCGGCAGCAGUGUCUUCCCGAGAUUCCCAGUUUCCUGGUACAGCACUGAAGCCACCUCCAGUGCCUGCAGCUAAGUCUCCGGCAGCAGUGUCUUCCCAAGGCUCCCAGUUUCCUGGCACAGCACUCCGGCCAUCUCCAGUGUCUGGAGCAAAGUCUCCAGCAGCAGUGUCUUCCCAAGGCUCCCAGUUUCCUGGCACAGCACUGCGGCCGUCUCCAGUGUCUGGAGCUAAGUCUCCAGCAGCAGUGUCUUCCCAAGGCUCCCAGUUUCCUGGCACAGCACUGCGGCCAUCUCCAGUGCAUGUAGCUAAGUCUCCGGCAGCAGUGUUUUCCCGAGACUCCCAGCUUCCUGGUACAGCACUGAAGCCACCUCCAGUGCCUGCAGCUAAGUCUCCGGCAGCAGUGUCUUCCCGAGACUCCCAGUUUCCUGGUACAGCACUGAAGCCACCUCCAGUGCCUGCAGUUAAGUCUCCGGCAGCAGUGUCUUCCCGAGACUCCCAGCUUCCUGGUACAGCACUGAAGCCACCUCCAGUGCCUGCAGCUAAGUCUCCGGCAGCAGUGUCUUCCCGAGACUCCCAGUAUCCUGGUACAGCACUGAAGCCACUUCUAGUGCCUGCAGCUAAGUCUCUGGCGGCAGUGUCUUCCCAAGACUCCCAGCUUCCUGGUACAGCACUGAAGCCACCUCCAGUGCCUGGAGCUACGUCUCCAGCAGCAGUGUCUUCCCAAGGCUCCCAGGUACUGAGUCCCUUGACUUCGAAUGUUUUUGACCUGUGCUCUUUCAUCCAGUUUCCUGGCACAGCACUGCUGCCACCUCCAGUGCCUGCAGCUAAGUCUUCGGCAGCAGAAGGCUCCCAGCUCCCAAAUGCAGCAGGGCUGGAGGAAGGGGUGCUGAGGAAGUCUCUUUCCAUGAAAUUGAGCCAAGGUUUCCAGCUCCCAGAUGCAGCAGGACCAGAAGAAGGCUUGCUGAAGAAGUCUUUCUCUAUGGAAUUAAGCCAAGGUUUCGAGCUCUCGAAUGCAGCAGGACCAGAAGGCUUGCCGAUGAAGUCUCUCCCUAUGGAAUUGAGCCAAGGUUUUGAGCUCCCAGAGUCAGCAGGACCAGAUGAAGAGUUGUCAAAGGAGAUUAUGCCUGUGCAACUUAGCCAAGGCUUGGAGUCUUCUGAUACAGCAGUAAGUGCAGCAGUGAACAGUGCCCUGCAAGGCGUGAGGCUGUCAGCUCGCAAGCGACCACGUGGAAACCCCUGUGGAUCCAAAGACUCCUGCACAGGAACUAGAUUUCCUUCUAGAAAGAAGGCAAACCAAGCUUCAUUAAAUUGUUUAUUUGCAGCGCUUCCCACAAAAGAGAAGACAUUGCGUAUGCUGCACUGGUUCGUCGAUGGUGAGACUGCAUCCGACACAUUGAAAGAUGGGUACUGCAUACAGGAACGGGAUAUCUCUGUCACCUCUAAAUCAUUGUCAAGUGGUGCCUUAGACACCCGAGCACCAAUUCUCACAUUGAAGAAGUACUUCUCUCGAGCUGCUUGGUGCAAAAUCAACGAACUUCUGAAAGAAAAGAAAGAGCAAGGUCUGUGGUUUUGCCAUAAAUGUGACCUCGAAGAUGACCACACCAUCAAGAUGAUAGCGUGUGACCUGUGCAUGGAGUGGUACCACUGGCCUUGCGUAGGUAUCGGCAAGAAAACUGUUCCCAGAGGGGAUUGGUUCUGCUACAACUGCAAAUAGGAAAACAACAAGGAUCUAGACACUACAAGUCACGGACAAGAAAAUGAUCACAAGAAAAUAAUCUCCUGAGCCAGACGGUCAACUUGGAGUAACUUCUCUAUUUCCUGUGUAUACUGUGACUCAACGUGUGGAUCUUAUUUUUCUUGAAGUAACUUAGGUUUCCAGAAAGAUUGAUUAUUCCAGAAAGAAGAUUGAUUAUAUUUAUAUUGCCUAUGGACCGUUUUGUUGGUCUUCAAGAAGUUUUUUCGAUUGUUAACAUAAUUUUGCAUCUUCCAGAUUUUUUAAAAUGUAUUAUUAUUUUUUUUAAUGUUUUGACAAGCUUUACAUUCUUUAUUUUUCAGUGAUAUCUACUGCAUUGCAUGUGUCAUGAGUGUGCUUUUUAUUUUUGUUUUGAGGCGUUUUUUUAGUAUAUGAAAUUUGUGUGGAUUAUUCUUAACAUUUCUUAAUGUUAAUUUUGGUAUGUUUCAAUGCAUCUUGUAUAAUUUUUAAUGAUUCAUUUAUAUUUUCUUUGUCAUGUGUCAAUUCUUAUCUUCAACUGUCUUUAGCAGUGUGGCAGUAUUUUAAUUCAGUUUACCGUUUUAGCAUGUCAUGGAGUCGCACUCAAGGGUUUAUUUUCGCUCAUUGUUUACUGUACUGUACAUUUCAAUGCUAGACUCACUAUUACAAACAAUUAUGCACAGAUGUUGGGACAUAUUAGGUCCUGGAUGUCAAGUAAGCUUCUAGAUGUACCACAUUUUGUCAUGUGAAUCCUGCAUUUCAUGUUCUUGAGUUUUCGAUUUUUAUAUCUUGACCUGUAGCACAUUUCAAACGAUUUUGACUUUAACUGCUGCUGUUUUUCUUCCUGCUUUUCCACUGAACUUUUUGAAAUAUGGUUUCUUCUUGAUACUUGAAAAUAAAUUGUACAAUGGUCCAAAUAAUGCCUCUCUUGCAAUUUGUAUCAAUAAAAACAUUUGAUAAUCCUCAAUGUACUA